ACUAUGCUGGACGCCGAGAACGAGGACUUGGACACGCCCCUUCACCUCGCCUGCAAAUUCGGACACGAGGAGGUGGUCAACGUGCUCCUGGAUUCAGGUUCUGAUGCAGGUGACACUAACGCCGCCUGUGCUACGCCUUUGCACUUGGCUGCCGAGAAGGGACAUACCGAGUGUUGCAGGAUGCUGUUGCAACAUGGGGCGCAGAUUGAUUGCUUUAAUAAGGACAACAAAACCCCCCUCCUCCUAGCCGUGUUGGGGAGCCACGUGGGGGUCACUCGCCUCCUCCUCGACCACGGAGCAUCCCUCAGAUCCCGAGAUGCGACGGAGAUGAACGCCUUGGAGAUCGCCAUAGAAAACGGGUUGAAGGACGUGGUCCUCAGCAUCAUCCGAUCCCCAGCGUGGGAGGAAGGGCUGAGGAAAGUGUACGAAGACCCGGAUGGACACAGAUCCACGCCCUUCAGGAAACUCAUCGAGAAAAUGCCUGGGGUCGCUGAAGAAGUGCUGGACAGGUGCAUCAAAACCUCCAAGACAUCCCUCGACCAAAAGAAAGUUCAAGAAGAAGUCAAUUUUGAGUUCCUCGACGACACGUACCAGCUGCGCACCGGUCCCUCCCAGUUCGACUCCCGCGGGAAACUGGUAUCGAGCGCCCGGCCUUACACCACGAAUGCCCGGGUGCUCACCAACAACCAUCCGCUUAUGCUCAUGGUGGUGUACUUGAGGACGAACCUGUUGGCGCAUCCCGUGUGCGUUCAUCUCAUCAAGCAGAAGUGGUAUAACUAUGGCAGGUUCGUGUACUACGGUAACCUUUUCCUUUACCUCACCUUCGUCACUUGCCUCACCGGUUACGUCAUCUCUGUCAGGGAUCUGAACUGGGUGACGGGAGGCAAUAUGACCGAUUUGCUGAGAGACGCCAGUCGGUGCCGCGAAGUGGACUGGGAGAGCGACUUCCGGCUGACUCUCCUGAAGGUGUGCAAAGGCAUCAUCAUCGCCCUCGCGGUGGUCGAGAUGCUGAAGGAGGUGUCGCAGAUCUAUCAGGCGCUGUUGGCCUACCUCACCUUCGAAAACCUCCUGGAGUGGAUCUGCUACGUGACGGCUGUUAUCUUCGUUAUGGAUUUCGCUGAUUGCCCCAUUAAACAGGAUUGGCAGUGGCAAGUCGGCGCGACGUCCAUAUUUCUCGCCUGGAUUAAUUUCCUUUUGUUCAUCCGUGUGUUCCCGUUCUUCGGCAUCUACGUCAUCAUGUUCACCGAAGUGUUCACGACGUUCAGCAGCUUCUUCGUGGUGUUCUUCCUGUUCAUUAUCGCCUUUGCGCUGGGGUUCUAUACUGUGUUAGGGACGCAAUUUUCCUUUCGAAGUCCCUCCCACUCGCUCCUCAGGACUUUCGUGAUGAUGAUCGGUGAGAUUAAUUUCGUGGAGGUCUUCAGCAACAACGAUGACCCUCUUGAGUAUCCCCAAGUGACCUACGCCCUCGUCAUCGCGUUCCUGGUCAUCAUGUCCAUUCUCAUCAUGAACCUGCUGGUGGGUCUGGCCGUCGACGACAUCAAAGCCGUGCAGGAGCAGGCCAUGUUGCAGAAGCUGGCCAUGCAAACUAAGCUGCUGAUGGAAGUCGAGAUGGUGAUCCCCGACCGCGUGCGCCGGAAGUACGUAGUGAACAAACUCCAGGUGACCGGCACGAGGAGGAGUCUCCUGUCCUGGGUCUUGGGCAAAAUCACCCUCAGCGAAGCCAAGGAGGUCGACGAAAUGGAGACCCUUCGGAGAGAAGUCCAGAGCCUCAACUCUGCCAUGAACGACCUGAGCGAGAUGAAGGCCAUGCUGACUGACAUGGCUGACCUGAAAUCCACUGUGAAGGACGUGGGGGAACUGAAAUCACAGGUGGCCGAGGUUCUGAACCAUCUGCAUCCUCAGACCAAGAGAACCAAGUCGAUUUUCAGGAUAUUUUGAACAUUUUUGAAGCUUUAUUUGGUGUUUUUUUGUUGUUUUUUUACUUCUUUUCUUGCCUAGAGAUUGCCGGGUCAAGAUGUUCCUCUCGCUUUCUUUCUUAGAGAGUGCGAGGUCAAGAUUCUACUCUCGUUUUUCUUUUUCUAGAGAGUGCUGGGUCAAUAUCUUAUUUUCGUUUUCUUCCCAUGAGAGUGCCGGGUCAAUAUCUUAUUCUCGUUUUGUCUCCUAGAUAACGCCUGAUCAAGAUUUUUAUUCUCGUUUCCCUUCUUAGAGGGUGCUGUGUCAAGACUUUGCUCUCAUUUUUCUUUCUAGAGAGUGCUGGUUCAAGAUUCUGUUCUAUUUUACUUUCCAAGAGAGUGUCGGGUCAAGAUCUUAUUUCCGCUCUCUUUCCCAGAGAGUGCCAGGCCAAGAUUUUAUUCUCAUUUUCUUUCCGAGAGAGUGCCAGGCCAAGAUUUUAUUCUCAUUUUCUUUCCUAGAGAGUGCCAGGCCAAGAUUUUAUUCUCAUUUUCUUUCCUAGAGAGUGCCAGGCCAAGAUUUUCUUCUCAUUUUCUUUCCGAGAGAGUGCCAGGCCAAGAUUUUAUUCUCAUUUUCUUUCCGAGAGAGUGCCAGGCCAAGAUUUUCUUCUCAUUUUCUUUCCUAGAGAGAGAUUUUUCGAACGUUUGUUAUUAUAGUUCUUUGGCAAGUGUGUUUAUAUAGAGAAGUGUAUGUCAUGGAUGUUAAUGAUGAUGCCAACAUUCAGAUCUUUGUAUGGCUGUUGAUCCUUUGAUUUCCUGGAAGAGUAAAACGACUCACUUUCCUUCAACUUAUUAGCAGGAGAGCCAGUUUUGUAUAAUUCAUGCUAAUACUGUUAAAAGAUAAUGCUGAUGUUUUUACUUCACUGAAUAUGAAAUCUCGUUUAA